AUGGCCAGCAGGAACGUACCGUACUUCAAGCUGAACACGGGGGCUUCCAUCCCCGCUAUCGGAUUGGGAUGCUGGGGAGGGGUCACGAAGGAGGACAGAUACGCUGCCAGGCAUUGGAUCCUAGCUGCUUUGAAGGCGGGAUACAGGCACCUGGACACUGCUUGGGCAUACGGAACGGAGGAAUCCGUCGGGUGGGCUAUCAAGGAGUCCGGGAUACCUCGCGAGGAGAUAUUCGUGACGACCAAGCUUCCUCCGCACCACGGAGGCAUCGUCGAGGAAUCCUUAAACCAGAGUCUGUCGGCGCUGAAGCUCGACUAUGUCGACCUGUACCUCAUUCACUGGCCGCAACGGUAUGUAUACGAGGAUAACAACCCCGACCCCGUAGACGAGAACGGCAACCUCAAGGUGACCGAGAGCCCGAGUAUCCCGGAGGUGUGGGCGCAGAUGGAGAAGGUGUUCGCGGCGGGGAAGGCCAAGGCGAUCGGAGUGAGCAAUUAUUCGAUAAAGACCUUGGAGAUAUUGCUGCCUUCGGCGAAGGUUGUGCCAGCCAUGAACCAAGUCGAGCUGCACCCUUACCUUGCUCAGCCUGAGCUGAAAGCGUACUGCAAUUCUAAGGGCAUCUUGAUGACGGCGUACACUCCUACAGGGUACGCCACCGUGCGGAACGACCCUACGAUCACCGAGCUGGCCGCAAAAUACGGUGUCAACUCGGCGCAGAUCAUUUUGGCGUGGCACGUCUGGAGGGGGAACUGCGCAGUGCCCAAGAGCGCCAACCCGGAGCACCAGAAGACAAAUCUGAUUCUCCCCAAACUGUCGCAAGAAGAUUUGGAGAAGGUUAGUUCGCUCGACCGUGGUCAGAGGUUGUGCAACAAAGGGGACGAAAAGGGCCAAGUUUACGGAUAUACCCUCGAGCAGCUCGGGUGGUAAACUGACUCGUCCAAGCGUGUUGCGGUGUAUCUUUAGGUGUAAGAUAUGUUGUAUGUACCGGAUGCGUGGCGGGUACAAACGAGACUGCGCAA